AUGAAAAAUAAACUAUCUGCUGCAUUAGAAAUGAAAGAGAAACGAGACGGCGCGCCCCGUGAAAAUAUGCCUAGUUGUAUUGUUAGUAGGUCUAUAAAGCAAAAGAUAAGAAGACUUUUUAGUAAUGAGGUACUGGCUGAAGAAGAAUUGCAGUAUCUUUUGAAAAUUAAACCUAUCUGGCCAAUAGUUAGAGCGUAUAUACUUAUAAACCAAGAUAGGUAUGAUUUUCUAAAUCUAUUGGAUGCGAUAUGGGAAUAA